UCCCGGCGUGACCCCGCCCCCAGUGCGUGUGACCCCGCCCCCUCGGGCGUCGCACCCGGCACACCCACGUGACCUCCCGGCCAGGCGGCACUCUCGCGAGAGUCGGGAGCGUGCACCCCGGAAGCGGCGGCCGCGGAACCCGGAAGCGGCGGCGGGGCAGGAUGGACGACACGCUGUUCCAGCUGAAGUUCACAGCGAAGCAGCUGGAGAAACUCGCUAAAAAAGCCGAGAAAGACUCCAAGGCCGAGCAAGCCAAGAUCAAAAAGGCACUGCAGCAGAAGAAUGUGGAGUGCGCGCGCGUCUACGCGGAGAACGCCAUCCGCAAGAAGAACGAGGGGCUCAACUGGCUCCGCAUGUCGUCCCGGGUGGACGCGGUGGCCUCCAAGGUGCAGACGGCCGUGACGAUGAAGGGGGUGACGAAAAAUAUGGCCCAGGUGACCAAGGCCUUGGACAAGGCUCUGAGCUCCAUGGACCUGCAGAAGGUGUCUGCGGUGAUGGAUAAAUUUGAGCAGCAGGUUCAGAAUUUGGAUGUUCACACGUCAGUCAUGGAGGACUCCAUGAGCUCCGCCACCACGCUGACCACGCCGCAAGAGCAGGUGGACAGCUUGAUCGUGCAGAUCGCGGAGGAGAACGGGCUGGAAAUCAUGGAUCAGCUGAGCCAGCUCCCCGAGGGCGCCUCGGCUGUGGGGGAGAGCUCCCUGCGCUCCCAGGAGGACCAGCUCUCGCGGAGGUUGGCCGCGCUGCGGAACUGAGCUGUCCUCUCAGACCUGUGGACGGCUGCCCCGCACGGGGUCCAGCGUGUGGGGCGGAGGAGCCCGGGGUCCCCCCCACGUCUGUCACGUCCUCCCUCUGCCCCAGCGGCACUGGCCGUCCCCUCCUCCGGCUGCACGUCUCCAGCCCUGCCUGCCUUCAGACUCUUCUUCUGGGGUGUGACGGCGAUGAUGUUUCCCAGCGAUCCUGGCAGGGGGUUUCUGUGCAGCGGCGGCCUCUCUGGGCUGGAGGAACAUUUUGCUGGGUCUGAUUUCAGGGUGUUUGUUUAUUUGAGGGUUGUUGCCAGUUCCCGGCAGUGUCCCGUGGUGCAGCUCCUGAUGUAACCCUAACCAGAUCCUCCUGGGGCAGGUUGCGGUGACUCCUCUGUACGCAGCGCACGCCUGUUCUCUGGUUUCAGCUGGGUCUCUGAGCUGCGGGUUGUGUUUUUCUUGGGAAAAGGAGCUAUUUACGUGGCGCAGGGAGAUCCCCCUGGGCCUUCCUCUGGCAGCUGGUCAGGACAGGGUUGUUUUCCUGGCUUCAGUGUUUCUGGGAAGGUUGGUGCCUUGUGGGAAGGGGAGGUGACAUUGCGCUAUCACUGCCCUCGCCGGGACCUUCCCCAGCCCCCUGUGUCCUGUUUGCCAACUUCACCUCCGUGUCCUGCUGGGCCAAACCUCCCUGGAGCUCCGUACCGCAAAGUGGCCUUCGAGACGCUCAUCCCACCCUGUGUCUGUGAAUCCCAACGUUCCGCUGCCACCUGGAAAUGAUUAAUCCAGCCCUGACCUCCCUGUGGAGCUGGUGGAAGCAGCCUUGUCCCCAAAGGUGGGAUGGGUGUGACAUUAAACACUAAACCAUCGUGCGCUGGCUGCAGCUUGUGCCCUGGAUUUCUGCUGCUACUUCCCUCUGCUGUACCCCCUUGCUGCUUCUGCCCUGUGUCACCUGGCUCCAUGCGAGGGGCAGCUUUCCGUGUCCCCUCUCGCUGCUCAUGGGGAAACAUGUCCCCUUGUCACCCGGAGCCUUUCCUGGCUUGCGGGAUGGGUGGGAAACUUGCCGGGAAGGGAUUGAAGUUCCCUCUGGCUCUCAUGAGGAGGAACUUCACCCUUCUCACCACAGGCCUUGGCUGUGCCAUGCAGCUGCUGGCAGCUCUGAUUCAUCAUUUUACAGGGAAUUUCAAGGCUGUUUUGGGUGGAGGGGUGACAGGAGGGCGGCUCCCUCCCACCCUAGGGCAGGACUCGCUGCAGGCUGGGGUCACCCCCCGCACUUGCAACCCAAACACUUUUUGCUAUUUUGAUUAUUUUUUCUGAGUUCAGUGGCCUUUGCAACGCGUGGCCGGUGACCCCAGAGCCUUCUCCCCCAACACCUGCUGCGAGCUGGUGACCAGAGGGACGAGGAGGCGGCUUUGGGCUGCAAAGUCACUUGUGCGUGGUCGAGCGUUGGAUCUUGUGCCCCCUCCCCAUGGGCUGAGCAGAAAACAGGACCCUCAGCGAUUUGUGCCUGCACUGUGGAGUGGGACAGCGGCUGGGGCCACCAUGGAGCCAGGGUGUCCUGGUGUCUUGUUUGGUGAUGCCCGUGGGGCCGGGACGUGCCCUGUGGCCUGGGGAGCCCCCACCCCUGGAGAUGCUCCCUCUUAGUGUGGUGUUUUCUGUCGUUUCAUUUGUGUUUCAUGUUUUUAAAGCUUUUCUCAUUUGCCUUUUUCUUCUGUUGGUUUACAUUCUGCCAUUUUCAAUAAACAAUCCCUGAACAUACA